AUGUCAGAAGCGAGUUCAUUGUCUCGCAGUCGAGCGACGGCCCACUCGAUGGGCUUUGUGUCUUCCUCCCAAUCAACACAACCAACUUCGGUCUCCCUCUUCACCUCGGAAACACAAAUAGACUCGCGUGGCUUUGUUCAAUCCCCAUUCCGGGCAGGUGGGCCUGCUCUAUGUUCUCUCCCUGCAGUUAUAGAUUGGUCAAUCCCGAACAUUCACAAUUACCGUCACCAACUUCGCGCUCGAGUGAGUCCUAUCUUGAAAGAAUUCAAUAUCAGUGAUGAACUCGUCACUGUGACUGGUAGAAGAUCAGAGGUUCGAAGUGGGCCCGAACCUAUACUAACAGUUCUGGUGGUCAUACCACAUGACCCCAACCCUCAAUCAUCACAAUGGCGCAAAGCAGCAAUUAAAAUACACCAUGUCUUAAGCCCAGAGUUCCCAAGCAUUUCGGUGGAGAUCAUUGAUGAUAAAAUGAUGCGUCGCCCCCACUGUUUCCCUAUUCCUCCAGGCCACUCCAUCAUCCCUAAGUGGAAGAGAAUCUGUAGCAAGAUUCUGAACGAGUCAGACUACCAAGAGUGGACCGGCAUCUCACUUUGGCGCUAUGGAGUCGAGGAUUUACCUACCCAAAAUCGUAUGACGGUCAUUGUGGGUCUUUUAGAGUCGACUGUGGGUCUUUUCAGUACUUUUGCGAAGCAGAUCAAGGGAAUCCUAGCUUUGGAGAAUGAGGAAGAUAUUGAUGUGCUCUUUAUCAAGAACGAGCGCUUUCUUCUCACAUAUGAGGCUCAGGCUGAGGUCCAGAUUGGUUCUCCAUUAGAGCUAGGAAUGUGUCGCAAUCGUCUUUUACUCCCAGGAGUAAGUAUCGGGAUUCAAAACAGCACUGCCGGUACCUGGACACUGGGAGGAAUUGUACAGCUGAAACGCCAAGGCAUCGAGUAUCAUUUUGCUCUGACUUGUUUUCAUUGUGUGUACCCGCCCCCAUACCAUCGUUCAAUCCUCACGAACACCAAAGGGGCAGCUCAAGCCCUUACAAAUUGGGAAUAUCAACAUAUCGCUCCAAAUGAUCAUAUGGCAAAGAAAAUUCUUCGAAUCGAACAACCUUCGACCUUCGACCUAAAAAACACUAUUGCUCAUCUAGAUGAGAGUAUUGGGUGCGAAAAGAAUCCCGAGUUUCUCCGCGUGGAUGAAAAAAGCAAGGCGAUUGAGCAAGGAGUUGAUGACUUCGUCACUCCUAAUGAGGACAGAAGGUAUCGAAAGACGUUGGACAGAAUUCAGACCUUGGAAAGUCAAAGGGCUGUCUUCGAAAAGAUCCUUGCUGAAGAGUCCCACGGACUCGGUCAUGUCUUUUCCGGCAGUGGUGCUAAUAGCACUAUUACCGAGGAUGGGGUGACUCGAAUUUCUGACUGGGCCUUGAUCAAUGUAAAUCUUGAGCGCUUAGCCGACGGGAAGACCGACGAGAAUACGUUCAUUGAAUUGAACAAGCCCUUCAAUUACAACAAAGAAUCCCCUCCACCCCGCGACUUUGUGCCCCUUCCAUCAGGGAAGAAGAUAAUCUCCGAGGACCGCCUAGUCAAAUUCGGCCGAUCAAGCAAGGGGACAACUGGGAAAUAUAACGGGGUUGAAGAUUUACACAUUGUGCGGGUUAAGGACCAGACCCAACGAAGGGGCUUCCGAAUAGUGAUAACCUAUGAGCAUUCUGUCAGCUCAUUGAAAUCCCCAUUUACCGGGCCAUUUGCUAUGCCUGGAGAUUCGGGGUCCUUUGUCUGCACGCUGCAGGGUGAGGUUGUAGGUAUGUUGAUCUUGGGAAACGAGCGUUUGGGGACUUUUUCAUUCUCCUCUAUGUCGAACAUUUUUCGGGAUAUCAAGGAAAAGACGGGUGCAGAUGAAGUCUGUCUCCCAGAAUGA